CGGAAGAAAACAGAACGAGGGCGAGACCUACCUGAAUGUGUCCAAUAGAAACUCUUGUUUUUGUUGCAAAACGCAACUUUUUGGACUAAUGGUUACACCCUGGUGAGGAAGAGGCGGUGUGCUUCUGAACAGACUAUUAGACCAACAAUACGAAAGCCCCCGCGGGAAUAGCCUACAGUCGCUGUCAUGAUCGGCAACUAGAGAAGUUCAGUCCAUUUCAGCGCAGGCCGUUUUCAUAAAGAGACUACUAUAGUUUUUAGCGAUUUACAUUUGCUAUAUGCCUGUAAGAGUACUGUAGUGUAGGAGAGUACACCGCCAUCUGUUACCUUAGUGCUGCGUAGGCACAAUGAUGAGCUCCGACGCGCUCCGGCCGACACAGAACUCUGGGCGCAAAGCGCUUGGUAAACUCGCCAGCAGGUUAGAAGAAGUGAAGAACCCAUGGCGACAAGGCUCGACGCUCGAACUCAGCCAUAACGAGGCGGCCAGGUUGGCAACCGACGCUCUGUUGGAGUCUGGGGAGAAGGAAUACAGACGAGUUCUGACAGAGGAAAGGGAAUUAAAUUUUCUCUCGCCGCUUGAGAUUCAUUAUAUUACGGAGAAUGCAGCCAAGAACUGUAGCUCCGAAAUCAGCUCAAAUGGCACCGAGGGGGACAUUGGGGAGGGGGAUACGGUGUCGGAGCUUACCUCGGGGACCUAUUUCCCAAUGAUGUCCGACGAAGAGCCACCUAUUCUGGAACUAGGGUGGCCAGAAAACCCCCAACGAUACGGACCCUCAGAAACACAGAUCUAUUUCCAAAGGGACAAGACUCACAAUGUGAAAGACCUCAUUCGGUCGUUAAUUAAUAAAGCAAAAAGGGUCAUAGCGUUGGUCAUGGACCUCUUCACAGAUGUUGAUCUGCUGUGUGACUUGAUGGAGGCCUCGAACAAACGCAAGGUCCCUGUGUACAUUCUCCUGGAUGAGAAGAAUCUCAACUACUUUGUUGACAUGUGUGCAGCACUGGACAUCCAGAACUCUCACCUGGGUAACAUGAGAAUCCGCAGUGUGUGUGGAGAUACGUACUGCACUAAAAGUGGGAAAAAAUUCACCGGGCAGGUCCAGGAAAAGUUUAUGAUUAUAGACUGUGAGGAAGUCAUUGCUGGGUCAUACAGUUUCAGCUGGCUCUCAGCGCAGGUCCACAGCAACAUGGUGAUGCACUUCUCUGGGCAGAUCACUGAGAGCUUCGACCGAGAAUUCCGCUGCUUGUACGCCGACUCUCAGAUCAUUGACUGUUUCCAUAACCCAGAUGAGGAGGGUCUCCCUUACUACCCCUACCCUGUUACUGCGCCCAACAUGGGGCUAGACUUCUUCCCCGAGAGGUCACGGGAGAGGGUUCUGAGUUCAGAGAACUCCAGCAGCCAAUCCAGUUGCAGCAUGUCCAGCAUCAAGGCAGCACCUGGCAUGACCAAUACGGUUUACAAGGUCACUCAAGGUCAUGACAAGAAAGAGACCAGCAACUCUCACCUGAGCCCUGAGAGGAGAGGAGGGGCACUAACUCCCUCCCUUCAUAAUCAGACUGCCCAAGGCACAAGAGGCUCCCCCAAUGGGACCAAUCACAGCCCAGUUACAGAGCACUCUUCCUCUGGGAUCGGCCAAUCGGUCGGGAUAGAGUGGUCCAAGUCCAUUCCCACAGAGUUCCGCCAACCAAAAGUUGGCGGAACAACGUCCAAGUUUCAGACUCUUGGUUUAUACGACCAAAAGUCAAGCCUCUUCAACAUUAGCCCCAAGACACAGUCUCCAAUGCCGGACAGCAAACUCUCUGCCAAGCAGAGGACUACCUCCAACCCCGUCCUCAACAAGCUCACCGACCUCUUCCUCCCCCCAACCAAAAAGGACUUCCUCCCCCCAACUGAGAAGGACACCUACAUCUUCAGGAGGUCUCCUCCUCACAGCACAGCCUUUGGGGUGCCAGACCUCUCCCAGACAGAGCCGGAGAGCGAGCAGACUCCCCCGCCACCCAUGAUAAACCGGAAGGACCAGAAACGCAUGACCUUAGGCCACAGCAAACUUGACCUGGUCAACCACUACAACAAGAUGAAGUCCAAACAGGUGUACAGCAGGUUUGAGUUAAAGAAUAACAACUGAAGCUCUGCUGAGAAAGUACUUUACCUCCCCUACCCCCAUCGCACUGGACCUCCAGGAAGCAGAGCACACCUUUUUGCCUUUUGUAGAGAACAUUAUAGCGGAGUGGCAUUUUGUACCUUAAUGCCCAGAUAGGAGUUUAGAGGAGGGUAGAGUACAGCCUGAAUUAGCCUGUUUACACUGAGUUGUAGUGAUAGCUUUUUAGCAUUUAGCUUCUUAGCAUUUGCAUGUAGACAUUGAAGCUGUGGCGGUCCUGCCAAUAAGUGACAUGACACAUUUUGCUUAGGGUCCCCAAAAUGCUAGGGCCGGCCCUUCAUUCAAUGACUGUGUAUUGUUUUCUUAUUUCUGUGUCUUUCACUAGCCAGUAUGGCUUUAAUGAUUUAAUACUGUAUGAAAUGAGUUGUAAAUGGAGUUUUACUGGGGUAUUUUAAGAUGUGUUUUUACUUUUGAUCACACCUACUCAUUCCAGGGUUGUUCUUUAUUUUUACUAUUUUCUAAUGUACUAUUUUUACUAAUGUAGAAAAUAGUACAAAUAAAGAAAAAACCUUGAAUGAGUAGGUGUGUCCAAACUUUUGACUGGUACUGUAUAUCUAUAAGUUUAAGUUAGUCUUUUUAUAUAUAUAUAUAUAUAUGUAUGUGUGUGUAUAUAUGAUUUGGUGUGAAAAGAGGGACUUCAUCAAAGUGAGGAUAUUAAUAGUGAGAUGUGCAAUGACAUUUUGUUUCAAUAUUUUAUUUAUUUCAUUAAAAUAAUAUACUUGAUUGAGAAAAUGAAUACUGUUUUAGACAGGGUAGCUGUGGUUCUGAUGUUGUUGAGCACAAUGUGAACUUUAGUUUUAACCAUCGAUCAUGUGUAAAAAGUAGAAUAGCAUGUUUUUGUGUUGUGCCGGGCAUACACUACACGACUUUCCAACAUUGCUGAGCCGCACACAUUAAACAACUGUCCUUCCUCUAGUUUUUUGUCUUGCCAACGUAAUGUUACGCACACUAAACUAUGUGGGACAGACGGUAGUACGGGUCAAACACUACAAUAUUCUUCACUUGCCACGCUGUCUCGUGAAAACGAUGUGGUUUGGAUUAACGUAACUAGAACGAGCUGUGGUUCAAAGCAGCCUCAACACAUUUUCAGUCAGAUAUUCACGCUUGCCAUACAAGUUGAAAUAUCUAGCCAAUACAUUUUAAAUUGAUUUACAUUGUCUGUGAACUUCAGAGCUAUAAUGAUUUGACACUAACUUUGGUUAAAGGUAAGUAUAAACGCAUACUAGUAGUAGUCAUCACUAACGCGACACGUCUUCAUCUCACUGGCAUCUUCUUUGGCAAGCUCUCAUUGGCUAUUGCUGAUUACUGUUCUCAAAACUUGUCGUUGCACAUCUCACACUACAAGAGCAUUGCAGAUCUUGUGCGAAUAAAAUUAAACGUUUGAAAAUAUCGGGAUGGCUCAAAGACUGGAUCAGUAUCAGUAGCUCUCAGAUUUCGGUAGCCCUCAGACAAAAUCAUGUAGUGUACGCCCAGCUUUAAAGGUGCAAUAUGCAAAAAUCUCUGCAAUUUCCUGAUUGCCUAAUUUCAUUUUAACAAACUAAUAGAUUUGUAUGUGACAAAACAAGCAAUGCAUAAUGUAUAGAAUCAUUGUACCAUCUAAACCACUGUCAAAUAUAUUUUCCAGAACCAAAUAUAUUGUAUUUUCAGCACUUAGAAGCUGGUGAACGGGAAGCGUAGAAAUAGCGCACAUAGAGCAGAUCUACCGCUUCCUGGACUUGCUUUCAAUGAGAACGACAGAUCUAUAACUCACUUUUCUACGUGAAUUUGGUCGGGUCGCCCAAAAAGUUAUAUAUUGCAGCUUAAAGAGAUGAGUUUGGCAAAUUAAAUAUGUGAACUAGAGUUAGAACUGUUACAAGGGCUAUGAUUAACGGAUUACAGUGUUACUGAAAAUAACAAUUUGCAAUAAAGCUCUUUUUGAUUGGG